AUGUUUAACAGUGCACAAACUAAACGCUUAGUAGUUUCAUUAACCUUAGUGAUUACAGCUGGUAUAUAUGCUGACUAUUUGUCUCCUGUUAUUAUCAUCAACACAUGGCCAUUUUCGAAUGCAACAGAAGCUGGUUGGAAUAUACUCAGUCCACCUAAUUCUAAGUUGUUUGGAAAGUCAAUAGAUGCUGUUGUUGCUGCAUGUACCAAUGCUGAAGAUGAUCCAAACAUUGAAAGUGUAGGCUUUGGAUGUUCACCUGAUGAAAAUGGGCAUACUUUAUUAGAUGCAAUGGUAAUGGAUGGUAAAACAAUGGAGGUUGGAGCAGUUGCAUCAAUGCCUGAAAUUCGACAAGCAUCUCAAGUUGCGCGUGAUGUCUUAUUCAGUACAAAACAUACAUUAUUAGUUGGACCACUUGCAGCAGAAUUUGCAAAAUCACGAGGGUAUGUACCAGUUUCACUGGAUACUCCUAAAUCACAUGAUUUAUGGUUAAAAUGGCAACAGAAUAACUGUCAACCAAAUUUUCGUAAGCCAGCAGCUUGGAUUCCAGAUUCAACAAAAUCAUGUGGACCAUACAGUCCAAAGCAGUCGGAUACCAAUUCAUUCAAGAGCCAAGGCCGAAACACUGUCAAAUUAGAUAUCCACAACCAUGAUACAAUUGGUGUAAUUGCACUGGAUGCAUACGGAUCAAUGGCUGUUGGUACGUCAACAAGUGGAUCAACAUAUAAAAUCCCUGGACGAGUUGGAGAUUCACCAAUUCCUGGAGCUGGUGGUUACGUUGUAAAUAAUAUUGGAGGUGCUGUUGCAACUGGUGAUGGUGAUCUUUUAAUGCGUUAUCUUUUAAGUUUUCAAGUUGUGAAUUAUCUUCGUCAAGGUGUCGGUCCAACUGAAGCUUGUAAAAGAGCCUUAGAAAGUGUAAAGUCACAAGAAAAGUGGUAUGGAGCUUUAGUUGCACUUACAAGUCACGGUGAACAUGGAUCAGCUUGUGUUGGCUUCGAAGAUUUUAACUACAGUGUUCGAGCUUCAUGGCUUGGAAAUCAAACUCAUAUCAUUCAUGUGCCUUGUAAAGAUUCAGAUGAACCUUGA